AUGAUUGCUCAUUUGCAUUCCAAUUCAAAGACACCAUUAUCUGGUGUUAUUGCAUGUUCUGCUGGUAAUCAUGCGCAAGGUGUUGCUUUUUCUGCUAACAAGUUGAAGAUUUCAUCUACCAUAGUCAUGCCAACAGCCACUCCUUCUAUUAAAUAUAAAAACGUUUCCAGAUUAGGAUCACAAGUUGUAUUAUAUGGUGACGAUUUCGAUAGUGCAAAGAAAGAAUGUGAUAGGUUAAGUUCAUUAAACGGAUUAACAAACAUUCCUCCUUUCAACCACCCAUAUGUCAUCGCAGGUCAAGGUACUAUAGCCUUAGAAAUCACUAGACAAUUAAGAUUGGAUAAGCUCGAUGCUUUGUUUAUUCCAGUUGGUGGCGGUGGAUUGAUAGCUGGUAUUGGUGUUUAUUUGAAAAAGAUUGCUCCACAUGUCAAGAUUAUUGGUGUCGAGACUUUUGACGCAGAUGCAUUGUAUCAGUCCUUGCAAUCCCAUCAGCUGAAAACAUUGGAUCUGGUCGGAGUAUUUGCUGAUGGUACUGCUGUCAAAGUCCUUGGAGAUGAAACUUGGAAGCUUUGCCAUCAAUAUGUUGAUGAGGUAGUUAGAGUUCUGACUGAUGAAUUAUGUGCUGCAAUUAAAGAUAUUUUUGAGGAUACUAGACUGAUUGUUGAACCAUCUGGGGCUUUGUCAGUUGCGGGCUUGAAAAGGUAUGUUAGUGAUAAUUCUGAAAUUGACCAUAGAAAUAAGAAUUAUGUUCCAAUUUUAAGUGGUGCUAAUAUGAAUUUCGAUAGAUUAAGAUUCGUAAGUGAAAGAGCUGUGCUUGGUGAAGGUAAAGAAGUAUCCUUAGCCGUCACUAUCCCUGAAAGACCUGGUGAGUUUGCCACAUUACAAAAUAUAAUCGAUCCAAGAGCAAUAACAGAGUUUUCUUAUAGAUUUAAUAAUAGCGGCAAUGCAAACAUUUUCGUCAGUUUUAAUGUUACGAACAAGGAUAAGGAAUUAGCUUCAAUAGUCGAAUCUAUGAAGACUAAUGAUUAUGAAGUUAUUGAUAUCUCAGAUAACGAGUUGGCAAAGACGCAUGGUCGUUAUUUAGUUGGUGGAAAAUCUUCAAAGACUAAUUCAAAUAAAAUUUCUAAAGAGAGGUUAUUCAGAUUCGAAUUCCCAGAAAGACCAGGUGCUUUAACAAAAUUCUUGCAGACUUUGAAAUAUGAUUGGGAUAUAACCUUGUUUCACUACAGAAAUCAUGGCCACGAUGUUGGAAAGAUUUUAUGUGGUUUUGUGCUUCCAGAAGGAACAAGUGACGAGGACUUUCAGGAUUUCUUGAAAAAUAUAGGUUAUAGCUUUGUUGAUGAAACAGACAAUGUCGUAUAUAAAAAAUUCUUACAAAGCUAG